AUGAGGGUAACAGUGGACACUGUAUUCAGCGAGUGUCGACUCGGAGCAGUAUUAUGUGAGGGGGCCGAGCGCCUGAAAGAUUUCUCUCCUCGUUCGGUGGAUCGCGAAAUGGCCACAUUAUCUGCGCUACGUUUGCUGGAUGUAUGCGUGUCGAUGCAUGCGCCUCUGAUGGGUGCUGUGCGAGCAACCGAUUCCAGUUUAAUUGUUGCAUCCCUUGAUUCUCUUUUUCUGACUGCCUUAAUGGGAAAUCCUGCAGUGACAUAUGUUGCCGUCAUUGCAUGCUAUCUCACACAGGCCGAGCUAUUUCCGGAACAUGCAUAUUAUGCUGUAUCAAUUUUGCGAGAACUUUCUGCUUGCCGGCCAUCUUUGCAAACUCGCCUUGUUCAGGCAUUUUCGCCACUUGCUGUAGAACUGAUUGAUAGUUGCGCUCGGUUGACUUCUGUGAAAGUGAACCCUAUCGAUGCUUCUCCACUGGAUCCGCCCUGUUAUCACGGUGUCAGUGGCUUGCCACUAGAGAAAAUACGUGGUGAAACAGUACGGUCAUUCAUCGAAAUGUGCUCAUCAAGUUUGGAAUGUGACCCGAGCCGAGCUAAUUUAGCGUACUUUUUUUGUGGAUUCAAUAUGUCUGAUUUGAAGAAUUCAAUAAUCGAAGAUCCAGGCAAGGCGUUACUUGGAUUUAAUCUCUGGACAAAAAAACAGCUAUUCUGA